AAGAAGCCUGGUUUCUUGGUCCUUCAUUAUUGGUUUCCUCGUUUCUUGCGACCAGUAUUCCUUCAAGCUGCAAUUUAAGUUCUCAAAUUUACUGGAACAGAGAAGACAAGAUAAAAAGUAUCACAGUCAGCAAUAUGGUGAACUUAAAACAGCUUGGAUGAGGAUAUGAAGAGCACAUGACAAGCUCCCUCCUCAGGGCCCAUACACCAGUGGUCGAGAUUCAAGAAAUCCUGGUUGAAUCAUCAGAAACCCACAAAAUUUAAAUAUGACCAAGGAGAAAGAGCAAAGCACGAGCAUAAUUCCAUAUUAUAAACUGUUUUGCUUUGCCGACUCCUUAGAUUAUCUAUUAAUGUUUCUUGGCUCAAUAUCCGCUGCUGGAAAUGGGAUGUGCAUGCCAGUUGUGACAAUAUUCUUUGGUGAAUUAAUUGAUUCUGUUGGAAACAGCGUGACCAUCACAACUGCAGUAUAUGAGGUUACAGAGGUGUCACUGAAGUUUGUGUACUUAGCUUUGGCAUCAGCUAUGGCAUCAUUCUUCCAGGUUGCUUCUUGGAUGGUCACAGGAGAGCGGCAGGCAGCAAGAAUAAGAAGUUUAUACCUGAAAACGAUAUUGAGGCAGGAUAUUGGCUUUUUUGAUGAUGCAAUUAACACUGGAGAAGUUAUGGCGAGGAUGUCAGGCGACACCCUUCUUAUUCAAGAUGCCAUUGGAGAGAAGGUUGGAAGCUUUAUACAGCAGGUGGCUGCAUUUGCUGGAGGCUUUGUCCUAGCUUUUCUUAAUGGUUGGCUGCUUACGCUUGUGCUGUUAUCUUCAAUUCCACCUCUAGUCAUCUCUGGUGCUAUCUUUCAUAAGCUUGUAGGCAAGCUUGCAUCCCGUGGACAAACUGCCUAUUCAGUUGCAGCCACCGUCGUUGAACAGACAAUUGGCUCAAUAAGAACUGUUGUAUCAUUUACAGGAGAGAAGCAAGCCAUUGCCAGAUACAACAAGUCUUUGUCCAAAGCUUACAAAUCUGGCAUACAAGAAUGCCUGGCUGUUGGCCUAGGAUUUGGCACAUUGAUGUGUAUUUUAUUCUGCACCUAUGGGUUUGCAUUUUGGUUUGGAGGGAAAAUGAUACUUGAGAAAGGAUACACUGCAGGAAAAGUCAUCAACGUAAUUUUUGCUGUUGUUAUUAGCUCUUUGUCUCUAGGGCAGGCAUCUACAUGCUUGAGUGCAUUUGCUGCUGGGCAAGCUGCAGCCUUCAAGAUGUUUGAAGUCAUCAAUAGGAAACCGAAGAUUGAUGCUUAUGACACAAAGGGAAGAAAACUGGUUCAUAUUUUGGGUGAAAUUGAAAUAAGGGAUGUUUAUUUCAGUUAUCCAGCAAGACCCAAAGAACUAAUAUUGAAAGGUUUCUCUCUUUCAAUACCUAGCGGUAAAACUGCAGCUUUGGUCGGACAUAGUGGAAGUGGGAAAUCGACAGUGAUUAAUCUUAUAGAAAGAUUUUAUGAUCCACAGGCUGGUAAAGUUCUUAUAGAUGGUUUUGAUCUGAAACAGUUCCAGAUUAAAUGGAUCAGGCAGAAAAUAGGUCUUGUCAGCCAGGAACCUGUGUUAUUUGCUUCAAGCAUUAGAGACAAUAUUGCCUAUGGAAUGGACAAUGCAACUUCUAAAGACAUAACAGCUGCCGCUAUACUUGCCAAUGCAGCAAACUUCAUCGAUAAAUUGCCUCAGGGACUAGACACAAUGGUUGGUGAGCAUGGAAUUCAGCUGUCUGGGGGACAAAAACAGAGGAUCGCCAUAGCUAGAGCACUUUUAAAAAAGCCAAGAAUUCUACUUCUAGACGAAGCUACAAGCGCUCUUGAUGGAGAAUCUGAGAGGACUGUUCAAGACGCAUUAGACAGAGCUAUGAUCAACCGAACUGUUGUCAUUGUAGCCCAUCGCUUGAGCACUGUAAGGAACGCAGAUUUGAUAGCAGUUAUUGAGCACGGAAAGAUUGUUCAAAAAGGUUCACACGCAGAGCUACUCAAGGAUUGUAAUGGCGUGUACACCCAGCUCCUAAGUUUGCAAGAGAUUGGCAAAGAGAUGGAACAGAAUAUAGUUCAUGAUUCAGAUAUUGGUCCCCAAAUGUUAUCAGCUCCGUUUAAUCUAUUCCUCGGUAGUAGUAAACCAGAAAAGUCAACGCCAAAAUUAAUCAAUGUGCCUACUUCAAAAGCCUCAGAAAAGCCUCGAGAUGUCCCACUUUCUCGCCUAGCGGAUCUAAACCGGCCGGAGAUACCUGUAUUGCUCUUAGGAGCAAUACUGGCAAUGGCCAAUGGUGUAAUAUUGCCAAUUUUUGGCUCUGUGCUUUCUAGUGUAAUCAAAACGUUUUAUGAGCCAGCAGAGGAACUCAAGAAGGAUUCCAGAUUUUGGGCAUUGAUGUUUGUUGUUCUUGGCUUCGCAUCUUUGUUGGCUAACUCGUUGAGCACAUAUUUUUUCGCCGUUGCGGGCUGUAGGUUAAUACAGCGGUUGCGAUCAAUGUGCUUCGAGAAAGUUGUAAACAUGGAUAUAGGUUGGUUUGAUGAACCUGAACACUCAAGUGGUGCAAUUGGAACAAGGCUAUCCACGGAUGCAGUUUCAGUAAGAAGAGUGGUUGGGGACACACUGGCUUUGCUUGCUCAGAGUAUUGCCACAGCAAUCGCUGGCCUGGUCAUUGCUUUUGAAGCAAAUUGGCAACUGGCUCUUGCCAUCCUUAGUUUGCUACCUUUCAUAGGAAUAAGUGGAUAUGCUCAAUUGAAAUCCAUGAAAGGAUUCAGUGCCAAUGCUAAGAAAAUGUACGAGGAAGCAAGCCAGGUCGCGAAUGAAGCAGUUGGCAGUAUUAGGACUGUUGCUUCGUUCUGUGCUGAAAAGAGGGUGGUGCAACAGUACCAACAGAAAUGCCAUGGCCCUGUCAAAGCCGGAAUACGACAUGGAUUGAUUAGUGGCAUAGGUUUUGGAAUAUCAUCCUUCUUUAUGUAUCUUGUCUAUGCUAUCAGUUUUUAUGUUGGAGCCCUUUUAGUUCAUCAUGGCAGGAUAUCGUUCCAUGAGGUUUUUCGAGUCUUUUUCUCUCUUAGUGCAUCAGCUCUCGGGAUCGCUCACUCAAAUUCCAUUGCUCCUGACGCCAGUAAAGCCAAGAUUUCUGUUGCAUCUGUUUUUGAAAUUCUUGACCAGAAAUCCAAAAUAGACUCAAGUCAGAAUUGCGGAAAAAUACUGGAACAUGUCAAGGGAGAUAUUCAGUUUAAGCAUGUCAGUUUCAAGUAUCCGUUAAGGCCUGAAAUUCAAAUAUUCCGAGAUCUUUGUUUGACCAUUCGCUCUGGCAAGACAGUUGCUCUAGUUGGGGAAAGUGGAAGUGGAAAAUCAACAGUUAUAUCAUUAUUGCAAAGAUUUUAUGAAGCUGAUUCAGGUCGUAUCACAUUGGAUGGAAUUGAUAUUCGAAAGUUGCACUUAAAAUGGUUAAGGCAACAGAUGGGUGUGGUGAGUCAAGAGCCUGUCCUAUUCAAUGACAGCAUCCGAGCAAACAUUGCAUAUGGAAAGGCAAGGGAUACAACAGAAGCAGAAAUUAUAGCGGCGGCAGAAUUAGCAAACGCCCACAACUUCAUUUGUAGCUUGCAACAGGUUGAAUUGUAUUCUUUUAUUGUGACCGUGUCACUGACUUGCCUGCGCUUAAUUUCUAGCAUUUGAUUGCGAAAGAUGCAUGCUA